GUAAAACCAAGUGUACAAGGACAAUAUCCAAAUCAAAUGAAAAGAUUUUAGAGGUGGAUUACUAGUCAUUCAAUUUCAGCUCAUCAAUUAAGUAACCAUGGCGCCCCUUUCUUCUCUCCAUUCUCACUCUCUUCGUCCUCACAUUUCUUCUCCACCUGAUGUUUUCUUCCCUCACUUUACAAGAUUCAAGAAACCCCACUAUCAAAAUCUUGUCUUUUGCAAGACCCGUCAACAAGACCAAGAUUUAUGCCUAACAGUCGAGGAUCAAUCUUUUAAAGUUCAAAGAAGAGAUCUCUUGUUGAACACUGUAUUUGGCUCGUUGUUUGUGCCUGCAAUGGUUCCACUUGCAUUUGCCGAAGAAGCUAUUCCAGAGGGUUAUCGAAUAUACACGGAUGAUGUGAACAAGUUCAAGAUAACCAUUCCUCAAGAUUGGCUAAUAGGAGGAGGAGAAGGCAACGGAUUCAAGUCUGUUACUGCAUUCUAUCCUUCAGAAGCAGCUAAUUCAAAUGUCAGCCUGGUGAUCACGGGGCUUGGUGCGGACUUUACAAAGUUGGAAUCUUUUGGCAAGGUUGAUGCUUUUGCAGAGAACCUGGUCAGUGGAUUGGACAGAAGCUGGCAGCGACCACCUGGUGUUUCAGCUAAACUCAUCGACAGUAAAUCCACUAAAGGUAUGUACUACUUAGAGUACACACUUACGAAUCCUGGGGAAAGUGAACGACAUUUGUACUCCGUUCUGGGAAUAGCUAACAAUGGAUGGUACAAUAGAUUAUACACUCUCACAGGACAGUACAUGGACAACGAAUCAGAAAAAUAUCGUGCACAGAUUGAAAAGGCAGUUGCAUCAUUCAAAUUAGUCUGAUAAGUAUAGUCAGAAGCAUCAGGCAAAGCAGAUUUACUAGCCAGGGCCUCAAAGUGCUCACAUAUAUCAGCAGCAUUGGCACCAGAAGGGUUUGGUGUAUGCAAGAACAUACUCAAAACUUUCCUUCUUUUUUGUAAUUUUGUAUACGGUAAAGAUAGAGAAUUUUUUUUUUUUUUUUUUUGCAAUGGUCAUACAUAUCCAAUCCAAAAUAAUAUUAUUGUAAUUAGCCAGCAGUUGAAGUAAAGCAACUGAAAGUUGUCAUGUGAUGAUAACAAUAAAUUUGAUAUUUUGAGUUUA